AUGGAUAAACUAAAUUUUCACUCAGAAAUGUUGAGCAAGUGCAGAACUGCUGGCGAUGGCAUGGAAUCAUCUGAUUGUGUUUCAGAAAAUAGGCCAAAAGUAGAUCUAAGGCGUAAUGUUGUAUCUAACAAUACAGACUCUCUUAUCGCUGGCCGCUUAGUUCAAGUGUAUCCUUCUAAAAUAAUUACAUCAGAAAAGAAAACUUCUCAAAUAUAUUCUAAAAGUCCUAAAUUUGUUCCUUAUGAGCCAUAUCCUGGGGCUGUUAAGCCUAUAACUCAUCAGGCUAUGUCAAAAAAUACAAAGAAAUCAAGAAACAACAUGGAUAUCAACACAUUAAUAUCUCAGAUGUCACAAAUGGAUACCAAUCUAAAUGAGUUCAAGCCAAGGGCAAAGUUACCAUCUGUUAUUGACAAAUCUAUAGAAGAUAAUGAAAAAAAUGAUGAGAAUAAAAGUUUACAAAAAAAGCUUGGUGACUCUAUACAAGAAAAUGAAACAUUAAAAGAACAAUUAAAGCAACAAGUUCAGGUCAACAAGGAGCUUAAGACAAUGUUGGUAGCUUCUAUGGGAGAGGACCUUGAAACACAGGUUCAGUCACUUAAUGAGGAUAAAAAGCACCUAGCAAAUGCUUUACUUAAUUCAGCUACACACCUUUCAACGCAUCAGGAACAAACUGAGUGGCUCGCAGGACAAUGUGAAGUAUGGCGAAGUAAAUUUCUUGCUAGCAGUUUAAUGGUAGAAGAACUGGCUGCUUGUAAAAAAUUACUCACUGAGAAAACUAUAAAAUUACAGCAAGCAAUGAAACAAUUGCUAGACGAAAGAUAUAGAGCAAGGGAUAUGAUGCUUUGCACAUAUAGAAAUUUGUACAGUCUUCACGAGAAGUGGCUUGAGAACAUUGCCAUAUCAGAAUACAUGGGCAACAAUAAAAUGUACAACAUGCCAAUAGGCAAUUUGAACUUUUCUGCAACACUGCCCCAUUCCACAAAUAUUUUAGACAUGGCAUCAGUGAAUUUGAAAUUGUCAGAGAACAUCAGUAGCUCUGUUGAUAAACAAGACAUCAGUCACCUUAAUGCAUUACCCACGGCUACUGAAACUGAAAUGCAUGCUGAAAAUGUAAUGGCCUUGCCGCUUGAAGUCAAAAGGGAAAAUGAGGAACCAGUGAAUGCACUCGUAAAUCAUGCGUACAAUAACAGCUCAAAUGUUUCACCGCCGGUUGCUUCUUGCGUGCACUGCAAUGGAAAAGUGCAAUUAUUAUAA